AUGAAUGGUUGUGAUAUCUGCCAGCGAUAUCAUCCUCAACCACCACCUCGGUUCUUCACAGUAUGUCGUUGUGUAAUCUUGCUCCAUUGGAUCCAACAACAACCAAGACAAUCCAAGCAGCAUGCAGUUUUUUUUGGAUACCUCCAUGCAAACUCUCGAUGGUCCGCCAGGCUCCGGCCCGAUGAGGUGGAUCUUAUUAAUUUCAUCGUCGUGAAUUAUUCCGAGCCAGGACAGACCAGUAUCAGCAGCUCUGGCGUGUCUAUUUCCACCAUUCGAAACUUCGCGUCGACUACAUCGAGCCAAUUCCCUUUCCCGAAGACAUGGUUUACCCAUAGAGGACGAGCGCAAAAGGCAGCGAAAAUCUUCCUCAUAGACGCCAAGCGAAUCUUCAAGACAGAUGCUUUUCAUGAUUGGAAGAAACAAGUCUGCAGGGCAUCAAUACUUGAUCUGCCUAACGAGUUGUUGCAGCUCAUUGCAGCUCUGUUACCGGCAAAGUAUCUCGCUAGACUUUGUCAAAUGAAUCGCCGUCUCUACAACGUGACAAGCCUUGAACUUUGGAGACCGCUGGAUAUGGCCCUCAAGGCACUGACAUGGAGCUUGGACCGCUGUCAGCUGGCAAUGUUCGAAAAGGCAGUCGAAGCACUCUCGCAGAUGCCUGAAAGAAUAGGUAAAGAGUCCACGUGGAAACUGUUGCCUACGAGGGACCACAACAAUAUCCAUACGAAGAACAUAUACUAUCUUACAAGGCAAACAGGGAACGUCAAUAAUGGUCACCUUUUGCUCGAGCACGGGACUGACCCGUAUAUGCACAUAUCCGACAAAACAUCGGCACUUUAUGUGGCAGUCUCCCUGUGCAAUUCCAUGGGCAAGUCACAUAUGGUGACUGAAUUGAUCAAGCAUGGCGCCAAUGCAAACGCAGUCGGCCCCCGUGGAGAAACACCUUUUCACGUGGCCAUUCGGACAAGCUAG